AUGGAAGACCUCCGCGGUGAAAACGAAGGGAAGCUGGAAAAGGAGGGAAAGCCAGAAGAUGAAGUAGAGUCUGAGGAUGAAGAAAAGUCAGAUGGGGAAGAGAAGCCCGACAAGAAAGCAAAGCCAGCACGCGAGGGCAAGCUAGAGGAGGCAAAGCCAGAUGAGCAGGGACAACCACAAGAUGAGGGGAAGUCAGAAAAGCAGGGGAAGUCUGAAGGGGAGGGCAAGCGCCAAGGGGAGGGCAAGCAUGAUUCCCAGGCAACGCCAGCCAGCGAGGAGCGGGCCGCAGAAAAGCGCCCUGCUGAAGAUUACGUGCCCCGGAAAGCCAAGCGAAAAACAGACAGGGGGACAGACGAUUCUCCCAAGAGGUCCCAGGAGGACUUCCAGGAAAGGCAUGUCAGCAGUGAGGAGAUGAUGAGAGAGUGUGCAGAUGUGACGAGGGCGCAGGAAGAGCUGAGGAAGAGGCAGAAAAUGGGAGGUUUUCCCUGGAUGCCCAGAGAUGCUGCGCAGGAUGCUGUAGUCCCCAGGGGCCAACGGGGAGUCAGGGGAGUGAGGGGCGGAGGAGGCAGGGGACAGAGGGGCCUACAUGACAUCCCAUACCUUUAA